GCCUGAAGUAAACGAGUCUUGGGAGUAUUGCACCCACUCCAGAGAAUACCUUCUGACAUCGUUUUCUCAGACAGAAAAUCAAAGGAGCUUUAGAUAAUAGAUCUCCAUUAGUAACCCAAGGCAAAGAAACAAUGGAGCAUCACACCACGACGAGCCGAGCCGAAGCCGAGCGCCUACUAGGCAUCGCCGAGAAGCUCCUCCGCAAUAAAGACUUCAGCGGUUGCAGAGACUUCGCCAUUUUGGCGCAGGAAACGGAGCCGUUACUCGAGGGCUGCGACCAGAUCUUAGCCGUCGCCGAGGUCCUUCUGGCUGCCGACAACAAGCGGCUCGCCAACAACCAGCCGGACUGGUACUCUGUUCUCCAAGUGCCUCAACGCACCGACGAAGCCGAGCUGAUUAAGAAGCAGUACCGGCGGCUCGCCCUCCUCCUCCACCCUGACAAGAACAAAUUCCCCUUUUCCGACUCGGCUUUCCGGCUGGUGGCCGAUUCGUGGGCCGUUCUCUCCGAUCCGGCCAAGAAAACCGCCUACGACAACGAGGUCGUCGCCCGUUUCACGAAGGUGGAUCUCGUCGCCAUGAAGAAACAGCAGCAGCAGCAGCAAUCGAAUCAGCAGAAGAAGCAGCAGCGGCCCGCGGAAGAAAAUUCGCAUGACAAAUUGCCCGUUCGCCGUAGCUCUAGGAGUGGUGGUGGUGAUGGCGGCGCCGCCGCCGGAGGGGUGAAAGUGGACAAGAAAACGAGCGGCGGGAGUUCCGGGUGGUCGGGUAGUUUCUGGACGGCGUGCCCGUACUGUUACAAUCUGUACGAGUAUUCGAGGGCUUACGAGGGGUGUUGUUUGAGGUGUGAGAAUGAGAAUUGCAAGAGGGCUUUUACUGGCACGGAGAUUCUGUCGAUGCCGCCGAUUGUGCCGGGGAGGGAGGCGUAUUAUUGCUGUUGGGGUUUUUUUCCAAUGGGGUUUGUGGCGGGGAAUGUGGAGGGGGGAAAUGGCUUUCCGAAAUGGAUGCCGCCCAUGUUUGGGGGUGGUGGUCCAGCGGCAGUACCGGACCAUCGGGGAGCCCCACCUGAGAAUGUUCGAACCCCGGCCCGAGCUCCGGCCCCGGCUCCCGCUCCUGCUCCAAAGGCGACCGCCGCCCCUGUCUCCGCCUCUUCAGAGAAACGGAAGAGGGGCAGGCCUAGAAAGAAUUUUUAGGUUGGUUGGUGAUGAAAGUUGGACGGAUUGAUUAGGCCUUUGUGUAGAUUGAAUGAAGAAGGGUUUUGUUCAGUCUGUCCAGGGGAAAGAAUUGCAGUUUCUGACAACAUAUGUUUAGUUUCUGAUGUAGAAUUCUGGCGUUCUUGCUUUGUAAUGUAGUAGUUGUAAUGCCUUAUUUUCUUCGGAGCUGUGGUUUUGUUGAUGACAUAAUUUUUGAUUCCCAAGUAAUAUAUGCUCCCAAAACUAUUCGAAGCUUCAGCUCGAUUUUUCA